UGGCCGUCGCUUGCAUUUUCCGGGCACCGAUGGAAGGCAACGCUGCGUGGGCGCUCGCGGGCUUGACGACGGUCGCCGCGGCCGCGGCCGGCUACUACAUUGCGACGCGCCAUGGGCGCAAGCAGCAUCGCGGCGGGUCGAAUACCGGUCUCUCGGGCCCCAUGACGCACUUGGACCUGCACUUUGAGCACGCCGCCGCCUUCGUAGCAUCGAGCAAGAAGCUCUCCAACGAAGACAAGCUCGUCUUGUACGCGUUCUUCAAGCAAGCAAGUAUGGGCGAUUGCAGCGCUCCCAAGCCGUCCGCGAUCGACUUUGUGGCAAAAGCCAAAUGGGACGCAUGGAUGGGGCUUCUCGGCAUGAGCCGCAACGAGGCCAAGAAGCGCUACAUUGAAGUCGUCUCGUCGAGCUGCAACGGCUACUCGUUCGGCGCCCCGAUCGCCGACGCCGUCGGUACGAGCGACGACGAGAGCGACGACGGCAGCAGUAGCAGCGGCGGCUUUUCCAUGGGCGGCGCCGCCAGCCAAGUCGUCGUCGACAAGACGACCAAAGAAUGGCAGGUUGUCGAGAACGCUUUUCAUUACGCGAGCACGGGCAACGCCGACGAGGUGCAAGCGUUCUUGGCCGCCAACGAGCGUGCGAUCGACGAGCAGGACGACGAUGGCCGGACGAUGUUGCAUUGGGCCGUGGACCGCGCGCAGACCGAGAUGGCGGCAUCGCUGCUCGCGCAGGGCGCCAACGUCAACGCGCAGGACAAAGACGGGAUGACGCCUCUGCACUACGCAGUGCUGUGCGAACACUUGCCGCUCGUUGACCUCUUGAUGACCCACGGAGCUGAUAUGAACCUCGGCGACGGAGACGGCGAGUCGGCCUAUGCCAGCGCGUCCGCGUCGCUUCGCGCGCACCUCGAGGAUUUGACCAAGUAGACGUUGGUAGAAGAAGCGCUUUCGUGGUAUUACUACAAGCAGCUUUUAUAAGAAUGCGUCGACGACGGCACGACCUAAUCUACUAGUACGUCGCGUGCC